AUGAAUUUCAGCAUGGCAUCGAUAUCGCAGCGAGAAGAGUCUCUCCAGUUCCAUCGUGUAUGACUAGGGAUUUCGCACUUCUAAGUCUCCCCCAGCGCCAGAGUGAAGAGCAGAUUUCGAGUCGGCCCGUGCCGCAAAUCCUGUAAGUUAACUUCGGUAUCAUUUACUAGCACCAACGAGCUAAUAGAGAAAUCCACCAGCGCAGCGCAAGCCCAAGGGGGGCGAAUAGAGAGAGUAUAUUACUCAAUGUGGCAAUCAAUCUAAUAGUUACCCUAGCCUUCCCCCCUGCCCAUCAGCAGUUGCACCUCGGCAAUACCCCUACACGGGUACCCACGCACGCCAUCGCAACCAGAAAGACUUAAAAGCACGUCUCGAAGCGUUGAGGCUCUCUUCCCGUCAUGCUCUUCUAAAGCUCAGUCAAGCUUUAUCAACACCACAGUCUGUGGCAUCAUACCAUCCCCAAUGUACGCCUAUUCUGAAUUCCGAAGUACCAAAAUACACCAAAUGCGUCGAAGAGAUUUCAGCGAGAACAUUCAAUCCAGUCAAUUUGAUGGUUCUGGACCUCGAAUCACCGAAUUCACAACUCGAAUAUGUAAAGCAUGGUGUUUUAUGUUCACCCGAAUACUUGCAUAGGAAAUAUGGUGAAGAUGUUACAAUAUGGUCGAGAUGCUUCGUUGCAUAUAUGGGUUUCAUCAAUUCCGUCACUGCUGGGGAAGAUGAGUUACUCGUCCCUUUUAUGGGCGAUUUUCAUAAUUUGGUCUGCAUGAAAGCAGAAACUGACAGCUGGAUGAACGUCCUCCCAUGGGCGCUGAACGCUCACGCAUAUCUGCUGAAUAAUGAUUCUCCAUACAACAGUAGAAAUUGGAGAGAGAUGGUUGAUUAUAUGGCGGAAUAUGGUCCUACGAAGAUGGGGCGACUUGCGAAUAUCUAG